AUGGGUGCAUAUUUCGAGACAAUCCCUAAAUCAUUGAUCAAGUGGAUAUUGGAUCAGAAGGUCUUCUGGGUCUCUACUGCGCCGCUGGCAGGCUCCGGCCAUGUCAAUGUCUCCCCAAAAGGAGGCGCGUACUUCGGCGUCAUCGAUGAGAAGACGUUUUGGUAUAUGGACUUGACAGGAUCGGGAAACGAGACCAUCAGCCACUUGUACGAGAACGGCAGGAUCACGGUGCUCUUCAAUGCCUUCGAAGGCCCUCCCAGAAUCCUGCGGCUCUUUGGACAUGGCACAGUGCUCGAGUACGAGACGCCCGAGUUCACAGACUUUGUCAAGGCCCAUGACGUGAAAACUAUCCCCGGGAGCAGGGCCAUUAUUAUCGUGGAUAUCCAUCAAGUCGGCACGUCUUGCGGGUUCUCGGUUCCGUAUUACGAUUUCAAAGACUUUCGACCAAUUUUGAACGAUUUCUUUGAGAAAAAGGCCGAGAAGUUCGCGGCAGGAAACGAGAAUGAGAGCAUGCCAAGAUACUGGGCUCUCAAGAACUCAUGGAGUGUUGAUGGACUUCCAGGAGUCAGAACUGGCCAGAAAACGAUGAAAGAAGAAGGAAUCGUACCACUGAAGAAGAUGGUUGGUGCUGCUGCUCCGGAGAGCUAUAAGAGCCCUGUGAAUGGUUUCUCCUUGGCCCAGCUUCUGUUUGCAGUGAUCUUGAGUGCGCUUCUCUCAGCGUUCUUGGUCCUGCAUGGAAACGAAGUCGUUGACACAUUGAAGGCGGCUUUGACCCACGGUAGGAAGAGACCUAUCUGGGGGUUCUCUCCCGUCUCGGUCUGA